UUCCGGCGCGCGGCGCAGGCGCAGUAGCGCGGCCCAGCUGGAUGCUCCCCGCCGCCGCCGCCCUCCUGCCCGCUCCGCCGGGGUGACGCCGCGCGGGCCGCGGCCCCCCUGCUCAGGACGGGCGGCAGGUCCCGCUUGGCGCUCAGCGGCGGCCAGGGGAGCGGGGGAGGCGGGAGCCGCUGCCCAGCAGAUAACACUGUGAUACGAGACUUAUUUAUUGAAAUGUGUUUUCUGGAGUGAAGUAGACAAGCAGCCUAGAAAAGGUGUAAUUACUUAUAAGUAAUGACAGUUCAUUUAUCUUUAGACGCAUAUUUGUUCCUUGUGAUUAACCCAAAAAGUCUUUGGUGGAAGCAAAGAAACAAAUACCUGUAUUUGUAUAGACCUGAAGUCUGCUGGAGGAUAAAUCAUGCCAUUCACCUGAGAGUUUUUCAUACCGGCGAGACUCGGUGUAAAUGGGCCAGAAGCAGAACACUUUGGUACAAUAAAUACAUUUACAGCCAUGACUUUUUAUACUACAGAGUUUCGAAACUUUUAACUUCUUCCAAAGGACUUACAAAAGUGAACAGUCGCAUGUCACGAAUUAAGAAUACUAUAGAAUCUGUUUCAAAGGCAGUGUCUGGCACUCACAGUGAACUGGUUUCACGGAUAGCUCGAUUAAAGUCACACUCAGGUUCUCUGCGAAAAGGAAAUAAAAGUAAUGCUGAUACAAAUAACAUUAGUGCAAGUCUAGAAAAUUAUAAACAAGUCACAGAUGCCAGAACUCAGGAGGAUUGCAACAGAGGCCCAACUUGUGCAAAUGCAAACUCAGACUCUGUGUUAGUAAGUUCAAGUGACACUUACCGAGAUAUUCCAGAAGAUUCAGCAUCUACUAAAAACCACCUUUUUCAUAUAAGCUACUUUUCUACAAAUUUUGGAGAGACUUACAACUUUGUAGCUGAUCAUAUCAACUGGUACUUUAAUAAUAACUCUGUUAUGGAUCAAGAGAAAAAAAGGAAUGCUUUAUUACAGGACUCUGAAAGUGAAGAGAGAAAUAAGCUUGAUUCAUCAGAAAGUGCUGUAAUGAGUGAAGAAAAGGCAGUGGACUCAGAGGCUACUUUACCUCCUGAAGCAGAGACUCUGGGUGCUGAAAAGACAAACACUGCUCUUCCUGUUUCCACUAAAAAAAGUAUUGCAAACUUUCUUUCAUAUCCCAGUAACAGUGUACAAGCUUUUGUAGACAGUUACAUUGGUGGGUUGGUUCCCAAGUUAAGAUCAGAUACAAAAGUUGUUUCACAAGAGAAGAGUAAACAGCCAGAACAAGAAGUGUCUGAGAAGGAUGAGGAGGAUAAAGCAAAAGAGGCUAAGACUGCAGAAGAGAGGGAAAAACAUCUGUCCCUUCAGAGAGAAAAGAUAAUUGCAAGAGUGAGUAUUGAUAACAGGACUCGAGCUUUAGUUCAAGCCCUACGAAGAUCCUCUAAUCGAAGAGUCUGUAUCAGCAGGGUUGAAGAACUGACCUAUCAUCUUCUAGAAUUUCCAGAGAGCAGAGGAGUUGCAAUUAAGGAAAAAUUAAUCCCAUGCCUACUGCGACUGAGACAGGCAAAUGACGAAAGUCUUCAGGCUGCUGUUAGAGAGACUUUAGCUAUAAUUGGAUAUACAGACCCUGUAAAAGGCUGGGGAAUUCGAGUCCUCGCUAUUGAUGGAGGAGGAACAAGGGGUUUAGUUGCACUUCAGACUCUACGGAAACUAGAAGAACUGACUGGAAAGCCGGUUCAUCAACUUUUUGACUACAUUUGUGGUGUAAGCACAGGAGCUAUAUUAGCUUUCAUGUUGGGGUUGUUCCAUAUCCCGCUGGAUGAUUGUGAAGAACUGUAUCACAAGUUAGGAUCAGAUGUUUUUAAGCAGAAUGUCAUUGUUGGAACAGUCAAAAUGGGUUGGAGCCACGCCUUUUAUGACAGUGAUAUCUGGGAGAAAAUGCUCAAAGAAAAAAUGGGCUCAAAUCUUAUGAUCGAAACUGCAAGAAAUUCCAAAUGUCCGAAGGUAGCUGCAGUAAGCACCAUUGUGAACAGAGGAACACCACUGAAAGCGUUUGUUUUUAGAAACUACAAUCACUUUCCUGGCGUAAAGUCUCAUUAUAUUGGAGGUUGUCAGUACAAACUGUGGCAGGCCAUUAGAGCAUCAUCUGCUGCACCGGGUUACUUUCAGGAAUAUAUUUUGGGCAACGAUCUUCAUCAGAUUUCUGUCUUGGAUUAUUGAUCCACCACUCACACUCAAGAUACCUUGAAUUACCUUGUUUUAACCCUGGGGCCAGAGCCUCCGUGCCUGUAGCAGACUGUUACCCGUAAGCUCUUGGGUGUAAUGGUACCGCAGUGGGAAAUCCAAGGUAAUCAAGAGUUUUAUCUAUUAAAGUAUCCAUGAUGAAUUGACAAGAAUACAUAUGUGUAAAUAUGUUUUUUAAAAAAUAGAAUCCCAAAUGCAUUUAUAUUCCUGUUUAAAAUAGCUUUGUGAUUAUUUUUGAAGUAUGUUAAUACUCUUAGUCCUUAGUUAUAGCUCGUAUCAUAAAUAUGAAAUAGUACAUUUUUGUUAAGUGUCUUUAUUCUAAAAGUGCACUGCAAUUGUUGUGUCAAGUUCAUUGACCAGGUCACCUAUGAUACUGACAUUUGUAGUUUAUAUGGAAAGACUUGCUCUUUUCUGUCUUAUCGCUACAGAAAUAAAUGAAGCAUAACAUUGUUAGGCAUUGUCAGUAGUAACAUGACUUCUGUAAAGUGCAUCAGCACAGUACGCAUUCAUUGUAAAUAAUAAUUUAUGUCAAAGGCUUCAAUAUUGUAGUCCAGUGUCAGAAAUAUUAAUUAAUAGAAGUUACCAAUCAUUAAAAAAAUCCUCAAAGGACUAUAAUCAGUAUAAUCUCUUCAAAAAAGAGAUUAUUUCUAAAACAUGCUAGUUUCUUAUUAACGUCUACAUAAUCUGCUUCUGCAGUGUGGAUAUUUCUAAAUAAUUCAAAUAAUAGAGACAGUCAAAAUGUGAAAAUGAUUGUAAAAUGUCUGUGAAAAUUCAAAAUAGUAAAUACAAUGGGUUUUGUUUCCAGGCUUUGAACUUUGGGAUUCUAAAGGAUUAUAUAUGGAGACCAGGUUUUGUAUUGGCUUAUCAGUCAGUUGUACAUUUAAAUCUGAAUGAAAAGCACUCUGGCAGUUGAUCUGACUUAGGACUUUAAAAAUGUGUGAAAAUAUUUAUUUUGAUAAUGGAAAUGUGGAUUUGUUUUAUGGUUAGCCUGCAUAUUCUUGUCUUAUGUUAUCUAGCUUUUGUUGAAAUUGGAGUCCUUUUGCAAACUGUAUGAAGUAGCUGAAUGAGUUUUAUGUGUAGGGAUGAGAUUAAUAUCUACAGAUUGUAUGCAUGACUCUAGGUGUAUAUGCUGGAAUCAUGCCUGAACUGACCUAUGGCUGUUUGCUUUAACCGUCACUUUUCCAUAAUACAAAUAUAUUUAAAUAUGCAUGUGUAUUUGUGUACACACGUGCAUGCCCUUUCUCUGGGAACGUUCCGGUCUGACUUCCUGUACUAGUCACUGUAAAUCUUCAAGGGGAUUGUAAAGCGUGUUUAUUAGUAAGGUAACAAAUUAUUUUUAUAAUUCUUCUGACAUAAUUGUUUAGAAAGAGGUUUCUAGGUGCCUGAACAUUUAUUCUUAUUUGUGCUGCAGAUAAGCUGAUGCCAGGUUUGUUAAAUUUCUGCAAAAACUAAGCAGUUCAAAACCAAAUAGCAAUAUUUACAUUCAGGUCAAUCAUGCCAUGCUAUCUGGUUCUGCUCUGUCAAGUAGGAAAAAACAGUGCAGCUGUUGGUAGAUGAGAGGAGGAGGAUUAAUAUUCUUUGUGGCUCAAAAGAGGAACACAUUAACAUUCAAAGGGAUUUAAUCCCUGUAACAUGCUUCUCCAGGAACUGUGCAAGUCAAGAGAGACCAAGUCAUGGUGUUACAAUAUAGAAGCUGUAUUGUCACAUAUGUCAGCUUUUUUGUAUUAAAAUCUAUUUAUGAAGCACUGAGGGUCUCUCAACCUCACCCCAGUCCUGUUACAACCAGUUAUUUUUUUUUCCUACUUCCCAGAGAGGGGUGUUUCUUCUUAGAUGUAUUCCUCUUUUUUUUUUUUUUUCUGUAGCGUGAAAAACAUUUGGGGUACUCAAUGUCACAUCAGUAGACGGUACAGUAUGCUGAGGAAAUUGCCAAUUAAUUAAAAGAGCAAUUUAACAAAAUCAUUAUGCACACUUCCUUUACUAGGUUUUACAGUAAAAGCUAAAUUUGUCCCAAAGGAUUAAUUAAAAGGCCAGGGCGGGUUGUGUGUGCAUGUGUGGUGGUGGUGAGUCUAACAAAACCACAGGUUUUUCUCAAAAUAAAAUAUGCUUAAUUUAAUACAAAGGACUUGAUCACCUUUUUCUUGAUAGCUUCCUAUGAUUUCAUUGCUGCAUUACAAUGGCAUUUAUUAAAAUGCUGGUGUUGACUUAUAGUGGUGUUCAAAUAAUCGUAUUUCCUUUGAGCAAGAUGAGACACUAAAGCACUUAAACUGGCAGCUAAUCUGUUAGUGGUGCUUUAGUUAUGCAGGUGUAACAGGAUGUGUGGUGGGAAUACAACCUAGACAUGAAAAAUAUGUAGAGUACAAUAAUAUGACGUAACUAAAAUGUCAAGUCCCAUCUUCAUUUAAAAAAGAUAAUAUACGGUUUAUUUAUAUUUUUCAAACUUUCCCCUUCCUUUUAUUAGGGAGUAAAUCUGUAAAGCCAUUUCAUCUUUGUAGCUUGCUACAGGAGAGGCGUUCAAAAGUGAUUCGCUUAGUGGGUCCUACCCUAAUUGGUUUUUACACGGUAGCUUUUAAAAUUAGAUUCAAGGGUGCUUCCCAGGCUCUAAGAAGACAUAGAAUAUAGGUCACAUUGAAGUUCUUUCCAUUCUUAGGAUAUGCCACGGUGAUCAGUAUGCACCAGAGCUUACACAGACUGCCCUUUAAUAGGUGUAUCUUGUUCUCACAAUGAUAGAAGCAAAUAUUUCUUUGUUUCUCUGCCUACUUGUUGCCAUACACAUUUUCCUACAGCCUUGGAGGCAAUGUCGCCUACUGUUUAAGGAAGAGGGGAGUUUACUGGAAUGUGUUAGCUACAUGGAUACGUGCAUUUCUUUUUCUCUUACAGAUUCUCAAGGUUUGGUUAGGAGCUCUUAAGGUGGAUGAGCAUGAUGCAGCUUACCAGCCUUCAUGAAAUUGCUGUGGUUACUGCACCAGUAGUAUUUUGCAGAGCAGACUGCUUGCAAGAGUCCCUGCAGGGACUUGCUAAGUGAGGUGUUAUUGGAAGAUUUGUUUAGUGAGAUGAAAUUGAGAGUAUAUUUUGUUUAGGCAUUUAACUUGGAUGCAUUAAAAUUUUCAUCUCCAGUAAUUAGGAGUGCUGUUUUGCUAAUGUGAUUUUCAGAAUGCUUAUUUAAAAGAACACAAACCUUACUCCCAGAUGAGCUGUAUUACAUUUAACUAGUUUUUUGCUUAGAUUUCUGAGCCCAUAUAUCUUUAGUGACACUGUUUACCAGCUAAUAUUUGCUAUAAAACGAAUCUUGUAAAAUCAGAGGAGGCUGGUAUAGUGGAAAAAUUAAGAACUGUGUCAAUUCAGUAAUCUCUGUACAGGCAAUCUAGGUUGCUUCUCUCAAGUUCUGAUGUUACCCGCCACCGUUUCUUAGAUCAAAAGAACAAUUUACUGUUACCAAUCUAUUGUUAAGCAAUUAUUUAUAAACAAUUUACUGUUUAUCAAUUUCUCUUGAUUGCUUGUAAUUUUUAUUUUCCCAGGUUGUAUAUCUAUCUAAUACUGACUUGAAUGGGGCCGUAUUUCCAUAUGAAAUAGCCUUGUGAUAGUCAUUGCAAAUAAAAGCUGAAGGAUGUAGUGGGUCUAUUGAUAUGCUGUUACCUCUUCCCUUAAGCAAGGCUUGUUUAUGAUACCUAGUGGUCUGGUGCUUAAUGCAAACAAUCCCUUUGUGCUUUGUCAGCCUCCACCCAGCCUCUAAUUUGCCUUCUGUAUUGCAGUUCAGGAAAUUGCCCUCCUCUUGUCAUGGAUACUGGCCUUUAGUACUGUGAUAGGGAUAAUUUUCACCGUGUAUGCAAAAUGUGCAUCGAGUCAAUUAGUUCAAUGCCCAGUGCAUUCCUGUGAGCGGAUAGGGCACAAUGUCUAAGCCCCGUUUCCUGUAGUGCACUUCCCUUCCAAUACAAGAAUUAAUCUAUAGUGUUAAUUUUGCAAAUCCCAAAUCGGUUGGCAAUCUCUUCAAAGGUUCUUUACCUUGCAAUGUUUCUUUUACUGGGACUAUAUUUCCACUGCUGUUUUCAGUAGCAGAUAUAUUUUAGAUCUUUUGCUGCAGCAUUUACAAUUAUUUCAGCUGGCAUUUACUUAGGAAAAAAAGAUAAGGGAGUAUAGAACGAAAGAGUUUCCCUCGGGUCAAAAUCAGUCCUCUGUCAUGGUCGCCAGCUGCAUGUAUGACUGUAGUUCACAUACAUGUAAAGCUGUCUUUGCUGUUGUUAACCUUGUAGAAGGUUAUUUCAAGAAGAUAUUUCUUCAUUUUUCUCAUGGCUAGAAAAAUUCUGAUUUAAGUCUAUUCGUAGCUAAUGGAUACAAAUUGUCCUUGUGCCAGUAAUGUUCUCUAGUUCAAUUAACUCUUCUUCUUGUAGUAUUUACCCUUUCAAUGUGAAUGUAGAAAGCACUCAUACGCUUUUUUAUUUUGUUAGACUAAAUAUGCCGGUCUGUCUCAAUUUUGCAAAAUAGGCUCUGUGUUCUGUUGAUCAUCCUAAUCGUCCCUCAUUGCACCUGUUGCAGCUUGAGUAAUCUUUCUUGAAACUGGACUAUUCAGCAUGUUUUGGCAUGACCCAAGACAUAUUGUGCAAACUUGAAUGGUACACCAGAUUCAAAAUUAGUAUUACUAAAUUGGAAGCAAAAUUCAGAGGAGUUAAUUUGAUCAGGCUGGAACACUGUAUUCUAGAUGAUGUCUUAACUGUCAUGAAUUUCCUAUUUCAGAGGAAGGUACAACUUAGAAUUACAGUUGUUUUUCAACAGCUACUUUAUAUAUAGGUUGUUAAAUCAUUCUGUGAUAGUGUUCUACUCAGAUCUCUGUCAUGGUUGGUCUGAUUCCAACUUAGUUCUGAAGAGCAUAGCUUUGUGUUUAUGAGCACUUUGCUUGGCUGUGUGUCAUCUCCUUUCGAUUUCCUUAGACCUUAAGAGUCUUUCUGUAUUUACAGUAAGGUUUUUUGUAUUUGCAAAGCCUCUAACUUUAUAGUAACAGAUUUCAUUAGCAGCUGCAUGCCUCUGAGAAAAUAAUAAGAGGAUGAGCCCCAAACCGGCCGUAGCAUAACUCUGAGAGAAAACAGUCCCAGCCAGAGAGUUCCCCGUCCAGUAUAGACCGUUGGCCCAUCUGACCAGCCAGUUCUUUUAACAUUGUAGUCUCUUUCAUCACUUCCAGUAGUCUGGUACAUAAGGUGCCUUAUAAAUCCAGAUUUUCUUAAUCUAAAAAUUUCUGUUUGAGUUUCUGUCUGCCUUUGAUAAACCCACCUUGUAUUUCACCAUUUAGGCAAAUCAAUUUCAAGCACUCAUGAAAAUGCAGAACUUUUCCUUCAGUUCUUUCUCCCCUCUCCCCCACCUGCCAAUCUGAAUACAAAUACUAGGUAGCUCCUACCCAGAUUCUGAACCCUUCAUGCCAAUUAUCUCCAAUAAUUAGUUCAUUUUCUUAAAUUUUAUGCAUUUUAAGAUCAAAUCCUUUAAUUAUGGGCCUGCUUUGUUUCAGUUGCAGUGAAAUGAAAUCUAAUAUUUGAGUCAACAAACAGAUGAAAAUUGUAUUAAGAAAUUAAAAUAGCUUACAUAGUUUUAUAAAAGGGGUUUUGUGGGAAAUCCAAUUUCAGUUGGAAAUUACAAUAUAAAAGAUAAAAAGAAAUUUUUUGCAGUGUGUAACACAGUUUUAGAAGUUGGCUGUAGCGUUAGCUUACAACAUUCUGAUUAUUGUGCAGUUUUAAAAACAUGAAUGACCAGCGGGCUUUAAGUAGCAUUUAUCAGUGAUAUAUCCAAUAAUGUGGGUCACCUGGAUUCCUUGAGGAUCACUACCAGUCUUCGUACUCUUCUGUAUUUUUCUCAAAGCAUUUUGAAUUUCCUGUCAUUUUACUAUUCCUUAGUAAACUGCCAGCUAAAAGCACAGACCAGUUAGUUAGCAAAGCUAAUAUCAAUAAGUAACGUUAAAAACAGUCAGAUCAUUGAUGUAAACAUAUAUUGAGUCUUAAGAAUAUUUACAUUGUUAGCUUGGGAAAUUAAAUGUAAAGAAUUCUGAAAUUUCGAAAAUCUAACAUGGUCAUCUUUCGCAAGGAUUAGGAUAUCUCUGGAUCUGGGAUUUCUUGCUCACUUGGGGAGGCUUUAUAGUAAUGUGAUUCCUCUGUGUAAUUACUAGAGCUUUCUCCUUAGUCUGACACAUCCCAUCAUAGCAAAUAGAGAUAUUAUAUGCUUCCUAAGUUAAAUGUUGUCAGAAAGGACAAACCUUCUAAGACUUGAGCCCCCUAGUGUCAACUGAAUCCAGAAGGAUUUUAUUCCGAUCCAUAGGGCUUUUCUGGUUAGUUUUUGUUUGUUUGGGAUUUCUUUUGUGUAUUCUUGAACCUUGCCUAUGCCUCACAAACAUUCUUUCAUGAUGCCUGCUAAUAUUUAGCAACUCUUCAUCAGUACAGUGUAAGAGCACCUUUUCCGUAUCUGACAGAAAACCGUGCAUUCAGUAAUGACUUCAGAGCAGCUGAUCAUUUUCUGUGAAUUAAUGACUUGCUGGGAUGAGUUAAUAAUUUAAGAUAAUCACCUAGCAGUCUGCUUCAGCCAACCAUUCAUUCUAAAGAAAUGUCAAGAACAAACAAGGCUAAUGUAGGGUAAAAUAAUGUAAAAUAUAUCACUAAAUGUUUAGCUUAUAACAGUAAUAGUAUUGAUAGCUCUCAGAAGCAUCUAGCAUUACACUUGUGUGUAUGCAAACAGCGGAAUAUAGUGUUGCUAAUUUUUAGGAAAAAAGAAAAAAUAUUGUCUGGGAGAACAGUUUUGCUGAAAAGGAAGCUUUUUGGUAAACUUUCAAACUUCAUAUUUUUUCUUUUUACUUCAUGUCAUGUGAUUUCCGUAUAAAGUGUUCUCUUUGCGACUGGUGUAGUAGAAGUACAAAUAUAGCUAAUGUACCUUCUGAUUUUUUUUAAACUGUCAAUGACAGCAGUACUGGAAAUUUUAAUAUUUGUGUCAUUCAAUAAUAUAAAUACAAAUUAAUUUUCAUUUUCUGUACGUUAAGAAUUUUUCCAUUAGCCAGUCCAAGCGGAAUCCCUUGCUCAAGUGUGCACUGAUAAGUUACUUGUGACAGUUCUAGAGUGUUUGUUUUUCUAGUGUCUGAAAAGAAAUUGUAGUUCUGAGAUAGCCUUACGAAGUAAUGAGCACAGGACGUUUAUUUCAAGAAUUUAAAGGAACUUCUCAGCCUCUCCUUCAGUAACAGAAGUGGUUCAUUCUGAAAUCGUUACAAAUUUGGUGUAUAGGAGGACUGCAUUAAUAGGUAGCCAAAUAAGGCCUCUACUGGGACUCGGCAUAGCGCAGAAUACAUCAUAAAUUAUAUGUAGUUGACCCAAUAGCAUCCCUAUCAGCAUGAUUAUGAAGCAAGGGUGAACCUUUCUAAACAAAUUGCAUGAAAUAUUUGUAUAAAGAGGUAACUGUAGGUCAUGCUAUGCUUUAUAGAAUUUCUUAUGCUAAUUUAUUAAAAAAUCUUUAUCAGUCA